AUGACAAUCACCAGCUCUUACCUCUCUCGAGCGAGUGCUUUGUUACUUCCAUUCCAUAUUCUAACCGGAUACCUGUUGUUUCCUCUUGCGGCCAUACCCAAGCGAGAACUUGGCGAUUCGUCAUCGAUCAAUGCAACAUAUGCUACCUUGGCCUCGUAUCUGAUCACGACUGCGCUUAUUUGUUUUGGGGUUUAUCAUGUGGUAAGCGGUAUUCCUGCAGCAACGCGUGCGUUAUUGGGAGCAGUGAGCAAGACGAAGAAUGGAGAGAAGCCGUCCGUUGCAUUGACUGAAAAGGAGAAGCAGAAACAAAGGAAUAUUAGGUAUGGGGUUAUCGGUGUUACUACAGGUGUUUUGUUAGGAGGAUGUACUGGAUUGGUGGGAGGUUUGGAAGAAAUCAGUUUAGGAUUUUCCGCAGAGUACAAUAUUUGCAACUGUAUGGUAGAGGCUAUAACGGUGUCGCGACAUAAACGUCAAUAUAUAAACCGUCUCAAGAUAUGUUGUCAACCAACAUGCUACGAUGAUAAAUCCCUUCCACGCAAUACCACCUACGUAAUGUGCAUGAGUUUCCUAAACGAACAACUCAAAUUGCAAGAAGAUUACUGGGCGUUCAACGUCACGAUCAAACAAUUCGUAGGAAAAUAUAGAGACGGAACUAAAUGGUUUGACACGAGCGUUUCAUGUCCGCAUAACAAAAAUAUACCGAGACUGACAGGGAGAAGCUCAUCUGCAAGAAAAGGAUCCAUUUUAAUGGUUACAGGUGAAUUAGAAUCAAAAUUUAUUGAAAUGCCAAUCGAAGAAACAACCACGAAUACCCAUGACGAACCAUUAUCACGGUCAUCUUCAACAGUUACUAUCGCCUCGGACCUUCCGGCUUCGCCUCCAACUAAAAAAAAAACGGCUACCAAGAAAACCAACAUUGCGGCAGCGCAGCUGAACCUUAAUCCUUUUCAAUUGUAG